AUGGCGCUCGCAGACGUCGAAGUAUUCGAAGACGCAGUCCCCCUGGUUCGUAGCUGUCCAGCCCUCAACGAGAUUCGCACUUCGGGGGAAUUGAAAGACCUCGUCAUAGAGGUAGCUGUCUUUUCUGUUACCGUUCUUUACACGGAAAUUUGUUCAUGCUUGUUAGGUGAAGGACGGCGCUAUUCUCAAUGCCCAUCGGAUCAUACUAGCGGCUCGAAUUCCAUCAUUGCGAGCUGCUCUCAGUGGCGCCCUUGGGAAGGAUAAUUCGGUGCUAAAAUGGCCGACGGUGCCUCUGAAGUAAAGUCAUCCUCCUUUCUCUGAUUUUGCUUUUGCACUUUCUAGCCUCGCAAAUUCACUCCUCCAGUAUGUGUACACCGGGCAGUUGGAGGUGACCCAAACGAAUGCGAUGGCCAUAGUGAUGUUUGCGAAAAUGAUGAAACUUUCUGAUCUGGAGAAUUGGGGAGUUCAAUUCAUGUCUAAUAGGUAAGCAAGUGCCGGUUCUUUCUGUUUAACUGUCCGCUGUAAAGAGUGAAUUUAGAAAAUCUGGCAACCACAUGGGACUUUGCCAGAUCUUCGAAUAUGGGAUCACUGAUGGAGACUUGCAUCAAUCUGAUGCAAGCGCAGUUUACGAAUUUCGUCUCUACUGAGCUCUUUAUUCGUCUACCAGCUGACACCGUGCUGACUUUGUUGCAAAACGACGAUCUGUCAGUGGACUCCGAAGAGGCAGUUUUUGGGGCGAUUUCAAGCUGGGUGGCUGCCGGCGAUAAAGAGUGCGAUAAUGAGAGACUGAGAUUGCACGCCCCGGAAAUGCUAAAGGAGGUUCGUUGGUGUCAGACGACUCUCCAAUUCCGCAGUCGCCUACUCAAUAGUCAUCCAAUGUUUCGGGAAGGCUUUAACUGUGUGUAAGUAUAUGCUCUUCCAGUUCGUCAUUUAUUUUCUAAUGAAAGUCGCUUUAUGGCUCAGGUGGAGCAGUGGAUGACCUACGCAGACAAAAACAAGCCUCCAUGUCCCUUCAACCGACGUCGGAGACCGCCUCAGAUGAUCUUCGUAUUUGGAAAGGACAAAGAUCAGGACAGGUGGUCUGUCCUGCGUUUCGAUCCGCAGCUGCAAAAGGAAGAGAGGAUUGCCGACAUGCAGAAGCGUGAAGACGCCACCUACAGUCUCGUGGGCGGUGAGUUGCCUGACAGUUACGCAUCUCCUCUUCUGCGCACCUGCCUUGUUUUCCUCUUUUGUCUAAUUUCGCCAGUUGGUGUCUCCUUUUUGCCGGAAUUAUAACAAACACACAGACUCCUGCCAGUACAGCUGCCAUCGCCACACAAUGCAUAGGAUUGUAGUAGUAGUAGCAGUAAUUGAGGGGUUUUGAGGUCUCGGAGUUUUCCAUUCGUCUGGCCUGCCCCCGACGCGUUUGCUGUUUUCCCUCUUCAAUUUACCCAACCGUGUCUCCACCUGCGUGGUCUGUGUCCGUCACUGGCGGUCACUCAACUGGGAGAUUUGUCCGACGAUGAUAUUCCCCCUCUUUCUGUCAACUGCACGCUUUUUUUAUUUUAUCUUUUCACUUUAACUUUCUUCCGCUCAAUUUUAUGAAACUUUUUUCUAUCCCACCUCACCCCCACGGAAGAGAGCAUUUUCGUGGUUGGAGGAAACACUGCGCAAGGGAGCUACUCCACGAGUGUCGAGGAGUUUCUGGUGGCAGAACGGCGCUGGUGCAAACGGGCGUCCCUCGACGUUGGACGUCGCGUGCACGCAGCUGCAGUUCUGACGGAAGCCGGAGGGGAGGCGCUUAUCGGCGUUUUCGGUGGAUUGGGUAACGAUGGAUGCCUUUCCUCUUGUGAAGUCUAUGAAGUCAGUCGCGACAGGUGAGAGCACACUCGUCCUGGCGCCUCCUUCUUUUUUCUUGCAAAAUCUUCCUGUUUUGCCUCCUCAGUCGUCGCCUCCUCCUCCUCACACACAGGUGGUUCAAACUGCCCGAUCUGCGAGAGAAGAGGAGCUCCACGGCGGCUGCCUGCCUGCCCGGCGACAGUCGAAUCUUCGUUUUUGGCGGCUGGAAUGGCUCCUCCUCCGGGCUGGCUUCUGUGGAGUUCUGCCACCUGCGAGCAGACUGGCGAGAGAGGGCGACCUCGUCGGACUUUUGGCAGCCAGCCGCACCCAUGAGAACUGCACGAGGCGGGCUGGCAGCGACACACUUUCGGGGGAAAAUCAUUGUCGCCGGGGGAAAUGGUGGUGGAAAGAGAUUAAACGUGGUGGAGAUGUUCACACCACCAGAUGCCAGGUGUCCCCAGGGCCAGUGGACAGAACUGGCCGGCAUGAAGGAACCCCGCAAUUAUUUCGCUCUUCUCACCUCCACCGACGACGCCAUCUUUGCUCUCGGUAAUGACGCCUCUUCCUUCUUUGUUUUACACUGACUGCAUUCCUUCACUCUCCUCUCUCUUUCAUGCCAUUCCAUGUCCUUUUCUGCUUAAUCCCUUUUUAUGAGGAAGAUUAAGACAUCCCUAGUGAUGGCAACCAUGUGUAAAUGUGACUUUGCCUGGCGUUUCGUAAACACAACGAGGUUAGCGCCGAUGGUAGUCCGUUUGUAGUGCAAAUAGUCUGCUUAUUAAAGUAGAUUUUUACGAGAAUUAUGCAGCCGAAUGGUUAAAGCGUCUUCAGUAGAUACUGCGUUCAAAGCUUACUUUGUCUACUUUGCGUUUUAUUAAAAUAAUUUUUUGUCUAGCGGUAUUGUACAAAUCGUAUGCUAAUUUUGUCUAUUUUGAUAUUUAUGAAAGUUGAAUUUUACUGGAAUUAUUCACAAUUUGCAGGCUCAGGAAACACGGUGGAGACUUUCACAGCACCAGGCGGGCCAGCUGAUGUCAACAACGACUUGACAGCUUGGAGCUGGUCGUCGAAGAAACCACUGGAGACGCUCGCAAAGAUCGCUGGAGCUGCAAGCAUUCGCAUGUAAACUUCUGCGUUUCUUGAUGUUCCUUCUUUGACCCACAUGUUAAGAAAUAAACGACUUGCAAUGUAAGCUGUUUUGUCGUUUUUUUGAAAACGUCGAAUGGGUGUGGGGUGCCCAACACCUAAGGCAACCGAUUAAUGGCGUGUUUAUCUCUGAAGGGAACGAAAUGUAUGAACCAGUUAAUUUUUUACGAGGGAGAUGCUCGUUUUCCGGAUUAAUGCUUGAUUAUGGAGAGAAAUCAUUGUCGCCAGCGGGUAUGAUACUGGAGACGAAUUAGAUUUAGUGGUGGAGAUGUUCUCACUGCCAGGUGUCCUUAGCGGGUUUAAUAAACAUGGCCUCCAAUUUUUUUUGUUAGAAAAAACACCAAAAGGGUGUAAAUUGUCCAACUCUUGGGGUGAAAAAUAAUCUCUAGCAUAUCUCUGCGAGGAAUGAGAGAUGUGGUCGACGUAAGUUUGGCAAAGAGAUGCCCAUUUGCUGACGGAGUGAGCAACACUAGUAAGAUCGCAGAUCGGGGAGCUUGUGUGUUAAUAUGAAUGGCACACGUACUACUUACUGAGGCGACAGGAGCAGUUAGAGAGUGGACGGCGGACCUGGCACUAUGAAUUAGGACAUAUGUCACCAAGUCUGAAUAGUGUCCCACUCCAAAAGCAAAUUUGCCCACCCCCGCGAAAUGCGAUAGACUGCUGUGUGAGUUGCUAUCGGCCUUCUCUAUUAAGGGAAACGUUACACUCAGUAUUCGGUCGACGGAAGAUGUCGGAUGCAUGUACGCUGUCCGUCUCCGUAGCAUAAAUUGAUCCUUUUCUUCAUCUAAAAAGAUUAAAAGGUUGGACUGUCUCGGGAUUUAUGCUUAGCAAAGAUUUCACCAAGCACGACGAGCUCACAUGAAUGAUGUCAAGGGUAUUUAAGAAAACGCAUGUUCAAAUAUAACCCAGGUUAGUGAUUUGGAUGUAACCAGAGAUACGAUUAACUGAAUCGGCACUAUCUACGUGGGAAGGCCCUGAUUCUUCUUGCGUACCGGGUGGACAGUCAGUCAUCAGGGGCGCAUCUCGAGUUGAUGGCCCCUGGACAGUGAGGCGGCCUGCGAGCCUGCCGAGAGAAAAUCGAUCGUGCUCGAUGGAUGACGCAGCUGGCAGAUUUCACUAGAUGGCCGAAAGCGGAUUCGACAAUCUACAGGACUGUUUCACCGAACGUAGGUGCAAGAUGUCCAGUCAAUUGCAAAUUCACUGAAAGAUCACAUGCAAUGCGAAUCCUUAAGCUACGUAAUGGUUUCAUUUUUUCAACUGUCCGUGUUGAUGUAUUCGCAUAAAUUAGAUAUGCAUAAUCCACGACAGUAAACCAAGUGGGAUUUUAGAAUUAAUUCGACGCGCUCCGUAAGGAGCGGAUUUAUCUACGUUAAAAUUCGUCGUAGCGGAAUGUACAUUAAGUAAACAAACUGUUUUUAUUAACAUCCUACACUGUUUUAAUAUAGACACAGUCUGAGCGUCUGUCUGGCAUUAAUUGGAAAGGGGCAAUCAGCAAAUUUCAACAUUAUGUCGACUUCAGCCUGCCAGGAAAACCUCAUUUCUAACAAAAAUUCCCGUUUCCAAAGUCAUAGAAUCGCCAAAGUCAGUUUUUAGGACAAAGGAUGAUGUAAGUAAUUAAAAAACGGCUAGAUCGAGAACAGUCACAAUUUAAACAUAUUUACUCGGGAAAUCGUCAAACGAUUUACGAAAAGCUGAAAAGAAUGCGGACGUUAUGAUUAUAUUCAUCCGCAUGAUAGCAUAGGAAUUGCAGCUUAUAAAAAUGUCACCCUCUGUACGUCCACAACAUCGGUCUGUUGCUGUCCUUAGCCGAAAAGGGAUCGGGAAGCUCGAGUGAACUUUAUUUUCGUCCAAGCUAUCGAGUGAUUCUCAUCACAUCAAAAUGACACCGUUAAGAAUGCUCUACUUCUGAAAAAUAAGUGGUUUCAUUCUCCGAAGUUGCUACUAAGCCUAACUGGUGCUAUUCGAACCCACAACGGCAAAGAGAGGCUUUAGUACGGCCAACGCUCUAGCCACCUAAGAUACGAGGUCCCACCGGACGACGCGAAUUUAAUCAUAUCUUAAUCAAGUUUACUCGUGUGAUCUACUGCAAAGUCUGGUAUCCACCAAAUCUGAUAAAGUAGGCUGACAUUCUAAGCAGGAUUUUCUAAUUUAUACAUUUAGAAUCCACCAGAUGGCUAAGGGUUUCACGAAAUUCAUAGCUAUUAUGGCAGAUACGAUUAAUGUAGCGUCGUCCGGUGGAGCCUUUUAGCUCUGUUGGCUAGAGCGUUGGCGGUACUAAGGCUACCUAAAGCUGAAGUGGGUUCAUACACCAUAGAGGCGCCGAGUAUUUCAUAUGCGUAUCAAAAUGACUCGUUUGUGUACUUGCGUUUAAUACGGCAAUAUCGACAACAGUCGGUCAAGCUGCAAUAGGCUCGUAUUGCCAGUCAAAAUAAGGAGAUAUGGAUUACUUGACAUAGUAAAACGCUUGCUGUCGUGGGUUUCAGUCACACCGUGGCACCGAGGUUAUACAGUUCGAUCGAGGUGGAUAACUGAGACUUUAGGAAAUAUAUUCUGUAAACUGAAGGGGAUAUCUGUUGUGGCGGAUAGGCAAUUCAAGACUACACAGUGGUAAUACCGUCAGGUGUGGCACAACACUGACGAGUUAGGUAAAUACCCCGCAAGCUGGUUGCAAACCUGCAGCUCUGUAUUACGUAUUACAAAUGCUGCACUCAUUGCAUUAGGGUUCCUGUCAUCAAUAUUCACAAACCAAGUGACAGAUGCGAGCAGAUCACGCCACUCUAGGUGCAACGAUUUGUACUUAAAUCUGCUGAUCCAAUGCGGAGGGAGGGAGGGAGCUGGCUGGGUGGGGUUUCGUAUGUGCAGAUAGCAGGCGCGCUCGUGUUGCGUACUAUCAGGGUGGGACAUCGAUUCCCGUAAAAAAAGAGGAUGACGCACUCUCUACUCGAUCUUCUCUUCAGCCUCACAGCCACUGAACCCCCGGAUUACGCUAGUCCUCCACCUUAGCAAAAUGUAGCCACAGGUGAUUCAGAUGGUUGUGUGGAAUCGCUGUCUUUCAACUGCUGUUUGUUACAUUAAGUCUGCUGCAGAGCGUGCUGUCGAUCAGAGUUAGGUAAACACCGGGCAAAACGCACUGCUAGAAAACUGCACAAACUUCUAUGAAGUACAGGCCUCUGGUUUAAACUUGUGAAGCAUAAAGGCUCCUGCAUCCGACGAAAUCGCCGACAGACUGGCAGGGUGAGUCCGCUCACUCUGGCAGCCUGGAAUGUUCAUUCCCUUUUAGACAAUCCAAGGAGCAACCGACCGGAACGGAGGAGGGCGCUAGUGGCACGAGAACUGACGCGCUACAAGGUGGACAUCGCCGCACUCAGCGAUACCCGAUUCUCCGAACAAGGCAAACUGGAGGUGGCUAGGGCCGGCUACACCUUCUUCUGGAGUGGCCGACCCAGGGCAGAGCGACGAGACGCGGGUGUCGUCCUCGACAUCCGGAACGACAUCGUGGGACGACUGCCCAGUCUGCCGCAGGGAAUCAACGAUCGCCUGAUGAGCCUCCGUCUGCCUCUAAGGCAGGCGUGGGGGCAAAUUCGCCACCAUCAUCAACGCCUACGCUCCGCCGAUGACCAGCGCCGACGCCGCCGCAAUAGACAAAUUCUACGAGGACCUGCACGCCCUCUUGGCGACUGUGUCGAAGGCGGACAAGUUGAUUGCCUUUGGCGACUUCAACACCCGCGUCGGCACAGACCAUACUGCCUAGAGAGGAGUGCUGGGUCCCCACGGUCUCCGCGGCUCCAACGACAAUGGUCUGCUGCUGCACCGCACCUGCUCAGAACACUGCCUCAUCCUGACGAAGGCCUUUUUCGGUCUGUCGGAGCGAGAGAAGGCCACCUGGAGGCAUCCUCGGUCCCGUCGGUGGCACCUGCUGGACUACGUCCUCGUCCGGAGGCGAGAUCAGCGGGACGUGCUGGUGACAAAGGCGAUCGCGGGUGCUGAUGGGUGGAACGACAAUCGCCUCGUCAUCUCGAAGAUGCGUACUCGCCUACAACCUCGCAGGAGACCACAAGGUAAGCGAACCCCAGGUAAGCUGAAUACUGCCUUGUUGUCUUUGCCCGCUCACCAUCUCCAUUUCAGCAAUGAGCAAGCUCAACGGCUAGACAAAAUUUCCAUCACCGAUGCAGCCGACGAAGAGGCCACCAUUGCAGAGAACAUCUCCUUGGAGAACCCCUGGUGUCAACUACGAAACACGGUCCAGGCGACGACGCUCGCCGUCCUCGGUCUCGUUCCCCGUCAACGCCAGGACUGGUUCGACGACAACGACGCCAUCAGAAAUAUGCUAGCUGAGAAGAACCGCCUACACAAAGCCUGCGUAGAUCACCCCACUGAUGACAACAAAGCUGCUUUCUCCCGCAGACGCCGCCAGCUUCAUCAAUGA